AUGCCGACGGGGGUGGCGAGGGAGAGAGAACGGCUUCCACUAGUACUUUGUUGGGAUAUGUUGUGUUGGACAUUCGUGGGAAUGUGUGUGUGGUCACUCUCCUCCCAUGAGGAUUUGUCCUCCAUCAAAUUUUGCUACGCUACGACGAGGUGCGCGGCUAGUAUGAAAGUUGUAGGGACCAAUACUCGAGGAGAAGUUAUCGAUAGAGCAACUUUGAGUGUUCAGAAAAGGCUACGCUGCGACUAGGUGUGCGUAUGCAACUUGAAUUGACCAAUUUUUGAGAAUACGUUAUCGAUAGAGCAACUUUGAGUACUUAGAAAUGGCCUCUUCUUGAAAAUGAAGGCGCUAUUAUCAAUCGAGCAACUUUAAGGGGUUAGAAAAAGCUGUUUUUGAAAUAAAAGGCGCUGUUGGCAUUGGAGCAACUUUGAGUGUUCAGAAAUGGCCUCUGUUUGAAAAUGAAGGUACUAUUAUCAAUAGAGCAACUUUGAGUGUCCAGAAAUGGCCUCUUUUUGAAAAUUACGACGCUAUUAUCAAUGGAGCAACUUUGAGUGUUCAGAAAUGGUCUCUGUUUAAAAAUGAAGGUGCCAUUAUCAGUACACUAGACCAUUGUUCUGGGUUCAUUGAUACAAAAUCUCGACCCUCCUAGUUAAAAGCACCCUUUUAUCUUUCCUUUAUAUUUUUGAAAAAUAGGGAAGAGCAUCAAUUUCCUUUGGAAAAGUGCGGAAAGGUGGUAAUUGAAAGGAGAGAAAGAGGCCAUUUUCACGCCCACCUAAUCCCACUGUAAUUAUUGCGGAGCGCUUCCUUUUUGGGGUCUUCAUAAGUUUUCUGUUAAUCUUGCGGAAGCCAAUAAUUAUGUUGAGGCCAGCAUAUUAGGGAGGUAAAACAAAAAAAAAUUUUUUGGUCGUCCAUCGAAUUUUUUUUCCUUAGAUGUGCAGGUCGUCUUAGCCAUUCCAAGCCGAAAACGAUAAAAUAUAAGAAUAAGGCAAUAAUCAUUUUGAGGGCAGCAUAUUAGGGGGAAAAAACAAAGAAAAAAGAAUUUUUGGUCGUCCGUCGAAUUUUUUUUCCUUAGAUGUGCAGGUCGUCUUAGCCAUUCCAAGCCGAAAACGAUAAAAUAUAAGAAUAAGGCAAUAAUCAUUUUGAGGGCAGCAUAUUAGGGGGAAAAAACAAAGAAAAAAGAAUUUUUGGUCGUCCGUCGAAUUUUUUUUUUCUUUAGAUGUACAGGUCGUCUUAGCCAUUCCCAGUCAAAAAAAUAAAAAUAAAAAUAUUUAAGUAAAGCGAUUUUUUUAUGCUGAAUGUAGCAUUUGAAAGCCAAAAAAAUUUUGGUCUGAUCCUUCUACUAUUUCUUAGAUGUGCAGGUCACCUGAGCCAUUCCUAGUCGAAAAUGAAAAAAUAUCAAAGUAAAGCAAUUUUCAUGCUGAAGGUAACAUGUGAAAGCCAAACAUUUUGGUCGUUCGUCGAAAUUUAUUCCAUUCCUUAGAUGUGCAGACCACCUGAGCCAUUCCAAUCCGAAAAUAAGGAAAUACUAAAAGAUGCCCAUAAUAAUGUUUAAUGUAACAUAAAAUAGUAAAAAAAAAAUUUUCUUUAAUUGAUCAUUCGAUUUUUUGAGAUGUGCAGGUAACCUCAGCCAUUCCAAGCCGAAAAUAAUGAAAGAUACUAAACGCUUGCCCUACGUUUGCAUGGUUAAUGGGAUUAUAAUACGAGUGUGUAUGUGGAGGGGAAGCCCGUGGAAAACCUAUUGUUCGGCGGCUUUUGAAUGGUUCUCGAUGGAGCGCGCGUUCCCUAGUUUAGUAAUUCUGAGAGUUCGGAGGGAGACUUUUUGAAAAAUGGAGAGAGAAAAUGGAAAAAGUUUUUUUCAGUCCCGACACGUCGAUGGUCUGGUCCAGCAGCAAUGAGUGGAAAUCGUCCUGGAAGCACUAUGAUAACCUCGACGCCGCUAAUAUCUAUCAUAAGCUUCAGGUAUUUUUUUGACAAUAAGAGAUUAUUUUUUUCGGCUCAUGUCUCAUUAGGAAGUUUCUUUAAGAUAAAAAGUCCUAGGAAAAGAAAAAUUUAAGGCUCGAUUAAAGGACUCUUUUUGCUGCCUUUCUACGACCUUUCUGCGGCCUUUUUUCAGCCUUUUUGCUGCAUUUCAGCGGCCUUUUUUGAGCCUUUUUGCCGCCUUUCUACGACCUUUCUGCGGCCUUUUUAGAGCUUCUUUGCUGCCUUUUUUGAGCCUUUUUGCUGCCUUUCUGCGGCCUUUUUUGAGCUUUUUUGCUGCCUUUCUGCGGCCUCUCUGCGGCCUUUUUCAAGCCUCUUCUUUUCAACGGUCAUUACCCACCAUUCCGACUUUUCCCGAGACUUCAUUUUUGCCGAUGAAGCUCCAAUUUUAGACUCAAAAACUUGUUCUAAACUACUAUCAAUAUUUUUGAACCUUACUUUGAGUUUUUCAUAAUUUUCAAAUGCCUCAAAAGUGGCUGAUUUCUUUUGGAUUCUUCUCAAAGCUUUUAAUUUGAACUGAAGGGAGUUUCAAGCUGAAAAAUUCCUAGUUACGACUUCAGGGCUUUCAAAAGACGGUUCUAGACUGUCUCAAACUGAGCUUGCCUUUAGAAAAAGACUUAUUCAUGCAAAAGCCUCAAAGAAUAACUUUUUUCGAACCUCAUUUCAUCGAGGUCUUCUUUGAAUGCUCAUCGAAAAGUUUUUUUUCACACCUUCACAUCUUUCAGCAGCCAACCCCAAUGACCGACUCGUCCUGUUCCGUCGGCACCUCCUCGUCGAUCUCCUCGCCUUCAAGCCCCUACGCACCUCGACCCGAGUCGCCGAUCUACGCCGAGCCCUGGACACACUACAACAUGCAGUUGCUGCCGUCGCCGCGACACGCGUCGACGCCGUCGCAGAGGACUCCGCUCGUCGUCCGCAACGCGUCCUUCCGACCGCCGUCGCCGCUGUACGCACAGCCCUACGCGACGCUGGAAGUGCCGCGGCCGCGAGUCUACGAAGCCCCGCCGUCGACGUCUACCUUCGGAGCUGGUCGGACGCUUCCAGCGUUGCCUCGUCGAGCGCCUUCUGAAGUCGACGACGACAUCGCCAGGGACGUCUUCCUCUGCGAGCUUGACGCCCAGAUACAUGAGCUUCAGGUUCGUGCGUGAUUCGAGCUUGGUAGAACGCAGACCAGUUAGGAAUAUGAGAAAUAGAAAAGGCUUUUUUGGCUCUUAUAAAAUUUUCAGCACCAAAACCAUAACUUCGUGUCUAAAUUAAUAUUCUUUUUCAUGAAUUUUUAAUUACAGUUUUGUAUCAACUCAAAAAAAAGCUUCUUCUUCUUGACUUAUUGACCAGACUCGCGAUUCAACAAGACUCUCACGUCUUCGAAAACCAAAGAAAGUAUUUUGAAACAGAAAAUAGCUUUUUGUGGUUCUUUGCUACAGUUUGAUCCUUAUGUAGCCCGUAGAGAGUUGAAAAUAUUCAUUCUUAGUAACUCCAGAGUGGUCCCUCUAGGGCCCUUGGAUGAUCACUUUUUACCGACCCCCAUAGGGACCCCUGAAGCUUGAAAAAGUGGUCUCUAAAGGGGUUACCAUUCGAAAAAAUAAAUUCGUUUUUUGAAUAAAAUUGAAAGGUCCCUAUAGGGACCUUUUAAGCUUUAGGGGAUAAGGGGGCCCUAUAGUGCCUAAACCUCUAUAGGGGCCACCUAAACUUUUACUCUGUAAAGACCAUUUUUUCGUCCCAGAACCCCUAUAGCGACCACUUUAGGAUUCCUAAGUCUGAACCAUAAAAACUGAGAAACGAUUCCUUUUUCCAGCUCCGCUCGGAAGAACUCCGCGAGAUGGUGGAUCGAGCUCGUGCCCAACGCAAGGAGUUCAUCAUCCCUCGACUUGAGUGCACCUUCGAGCUGGCCAUCUAA